GUUUGGCAGUCGAGGGACAACUGUGACCAAGUCGUACACACCGCCAAAACUGGGGAAAUAACUCUUCAUAUUUCGAUCUCACUUCUCUUUUUGAGUCUCAUGGUAAUCUGUGGGUCCUCCUCGAAGACAGGUUUUGGUCGUCGACCUAUACAAAGAAAGGUUGUAGUAUGUGGGGAUGGUGCUUCUGGCAAAACUUCGUUAUUGAAUGUCUUCACGAGAGGCUUCUUCACUCAAGUCUACGAACCCACCGUCUUCGAGAACUACGUCCAUGAUAUAUAUGUGGAGGACCAGUUAGUGGAGCUCAGCUUAUGGGAUACCGCCGGCCAGGAGGAGUUUGACCGGCUAAGAUCGUUAAGCUAUGCAGAAACGCAUGUCGUCAUGAUCUGUUUCUCUGUCAGUUGCAAAAGCUCAUCAUCUAUUGGGACAACGAGGCUUAUGCUGUCUUCGCAGGUUGACAACCCAACAUCAUUGGAGAACGUCGAGUCGAAGUGGAUCGAUGAAAUAAUAGAAUACUGUCCAGGUGUGAAGCUUGUCCUAGUCGCCCUUAAAUGCGACCUUCGGGACGAUCGAACUGUUCGUGAUCGACUCGCUCGAUAUGGGGCUCAUACAGUGCAAUAUGAGGAGGGUCUUGCAGUCGCCCGUCGAAUACGAGCAUCACGGUAUCUUGAAUGUAGUUCGAAGCACAAUAGAGGUGUUUCAGAAGUCUUCUAUGAGGCUGCACGCGUGUCCUUGAGCACGCGGGCAAAGGGGUCUGGGUCUGGCUGCGUGAUAAUGUGAUAACAACAUCACAUCGGAUACAUAUGUUCAUACUUCAUCUCGGACUAGUCAGAGCUGUGCUCGCAUUCAUGCUGUAUUUUUUUUACAUUACUACUCCACUAAUAACACGACACUCAUUAUUUACCAAGCAAU